UCUGCUGUACAAAAUGGCGGGGACCGUGAGGACGCUUGCGACUAUCAGUGUCAGGCAGCAUGUUCCAUCAAUACGAUUUCCAGCCCGAAAAGGAACUGAUGGACAAGCUUUGAAGUUCUCCUUCCCUCCACCGGUGUCGACAUCUGCUGCCGCUCCACAGCUGCUAGCCAGUUCUUCACCUGCUGGGAAUGUUGGUGGUGAAUCUAGAGGAUCUGCUUUAGAAGAUAGAGAAUUACCUGCUAAAUAUUCACGGAAACCAUGGUCAGAAGAAGAAAUAGAACUUAUACGUUUGGGUGGUCCGUAUUAACAUCACUCAGAUAGAAUCAACUCAAGGUUCUCAAUGCACAGUCAUCCACUAGUAUUGAAGACACCGCACUGUGGAUAGAUAUUUUUGUAUUUUGGACAGUUCAGCCUAGUCAUAGAUUUCUUCCAACAGUACUUUGGGUGAUAUAAAUAAAGACCAGUUAAUGUGCUCACUUCAGUUUGUAUAAAAUGCCUGGGGUAAAUGAACAUGAAGUUUUCGGUAAACCUUCGAAAAGUCUCUACCCAUUGGUUAACUAAAUUGUUAAUUGAAGUGGUGUUACUCUAUGUUUGAAUCAAACAGAUCCUCCCAUUAGUACUAAAACAUCAAGGCACAAGAAAGUAGGUUUUAACAUCCCUGGAGCAUACAUAUCAGAAUGUUAUCAAAUUGAAUAUCUUUUUUAAUAGGGAAACGUAUUCGAACAUUCAGUACUGUAUGUAUUGCCGGAGGUCGAUUGGAAAUCAGAUGUUGUAUAUUGCAAGUAUAAUGAAUGUACAUUGUUUUAUAGUAUGAUAAAAAAUAAAACUGUUUAUGUUAAAUCAUUUA